UCGGUUCUGACGCCAGGACCCGAACCUACUUCGAUCUCUUCAAAUUCCUGCAGCCGGAUGAGAAAGGGAAAGUAUAUUGACGUGUUCAUGCGCAGUGGAGCCUAAACGUCAUCGCACCUCGGUGCCGAGGAAUGGAGAGUAAGCGGACUCUUCGGCCAAACCGAACUUGUCCUCCAUUGGACUAGCCUCCUCUGGGACCGUGUUGCUCUUUAGCAUCUUUGCCGGUGCUUGAGAUGGGGACCCUCCGGCUUCUCUCUUGGGCGGCAUAAGGCUUCAAGGAGAACCUGCGAGGAGAAGACUGACUUGGUCAAGGAGGGCAGUUGAACUUACACUAAGAUGGAAAGUUAAGUCCUCAGCUCGACCCUCCUCUGCUAUCUAAUUAGCUCCCAGUCACAAACAGAAACUCCAUCUGUAUUAGAAGCCAUACAUGCCUUUUAGUGGCGUAAAUGUUUCAAGUAAACCUCACCUGGCCUUUCAGUUUGCCUUGACGAAUAACGAGACCCACAGAGGACAAAGACAAUGCAAUAAAUGGUAAUACUGCGUAGUGGAGGAAGUAGUAGUACUACUGCAGUAGUACAGUGCAUGGAUCCUGGGGUCCUAAUGUCCACCUUUUCAUCAGCAGCACUAAAGGUUUGAGGCAAAAUUAACAGGGGAAACUUGUUUAAUUUAUUUAGAAUAUGUGCAUGGUGAAAGUGGAAUGAAUAAGCUUGUUGUUUGAUUAUUCUUUUUCAGGCGGAACAAAAGUAGCGACUCGUGUCUCCCAGGGGGAAGUAUUUUUCCCCAGGACUAUUUCCUGCCCUCCUAGAGAUGUUAUAAACACCAAUAGAAUUUUGGGAUUUAAAAAAAGGCGGAUUCAAGGGUGCCUUAGCCAAUGAGAACCAAGUACUACUUCCGCCUCGUUUUCUAGUUAGGUUGAGCUGCGUGUUACCCAUGUGGAUCCAAUGUUGACUUGAAACCCGAGGAAGUUGGGAUUUGUCUAUUUGUGUGUUAUUUUUGGCUUCACGCUUUUCACAAUGUCUUCGUCUUUCUUUAUAAAGACGUCGCAAAAAAAUAAAUUUGCAAAAACGGGAAAAAAUGCAACAAAAAACAAGCAUAAGGGUGACGGUGAUUUAGCUGGUAAAGUAAAAAGCAAGAAACAGAACAAGUAUAACGAAGAGAUAUCGAGUGACUCUGAGGGAGAAAGUCCCGUAGUUGGCAAGAAAAGGCAGUCCAAAGAGGAACCUGAAUAUGAUGAGACACCACAGGAGAAGAAGCUGAGAUUAGCUAAACUGUACCUCAAUCAGCUGAAGGAUGAAGAAAACAAGGCAGAAGACGAGUCGUUUGAGACUGAUCUGAUUGCUGGGAGGCUUCAAGAAGAAGUGCUUGAACAGAAAGGAAAACUUCAGCGAUUUAUUGCCAAAGAUCUACUGCCACCCGAUGCUUCUGAGAUCCGUUUGUUAAGAGGACACAAGCUGCCCAUCACCUGCCUUGUCAUCAGUCCCGAUGACAAAAGCAUCUUCUCUGCUGCUAAAGACUGCUCCAUCAUUAAGUGGGAUGUUGAGAGCGGUCGAAAGCUGCAAGUUGUACCUGGUGGAAGGAAAGGUACGGAGGAUUGCCAUGUUGGACACACAGCUCACAUCCUGUGUAUGUCCAUAUCCUCAGAUGGCAAAUACUUGGCCACUGGGGACAUGAACAAGCUGAUCAUGAUUUGGGAAGCCGAGACCUGCAAACAUGUCUACAAGUUCACAGGACACAAAGGCCCCGUGUCGGGUAUCUCGUUCAGGAAGGGUACUCACGACCUGUACAGCGCCUCACACGAUCGCUCCGUCAAAGUGUGGAAUGUAGAUGAAAAUGCCUACGUGGAGACUCUCUUUGGCCAUCAGGACGCCAUCACUGGACUCGACAGUUUGAGCCGAGAGCGCUGCGUCAGCACCGGCGGGCGUGACCGCACGAUGCGAGUAUGGAAAAUCGCAGAGGAGUCGCAGCUGGUCUUUAACGGACAUGAGGGUUCUAUUGAUUGUGUCCAGCUGAUUAACGAGGAGCACAUGAUCACGGGCGGUGACGACGGCUCGGUGUCUAUUUGGAACGUCAACAAGAAGAAGCCGCUCAGUACGGUGAAGCAGGCUCAUGGUUGCCGUGGUGACGCCGGGCUGGAGCAGCCUCACUGGGUGGCCGCUGUGGCCGCGCUUCAGAACUCCGACGUUGUAGCCUCAGGUGCUUCUGGCUGUUCCAGCAACUCUCAGGUGCAGCUGUGGAAGUGUGGUCAGAAUUAUCGAGGACUGCAGCCUCUCUUUAGCGUCCCCUUGGUGGGUUUUGUCAACAGCCUCAAGUUUUCACACUCUGGUCAGUUCUUGGUGGCAGGAGUAGGACAGGAGCACAGGUUGGGUCGAUGGUGGCGACUUAAAGAAGCUCGCAAUGCAAUUUGUAUUAUUCCUCUUCAUAGGAAACCUGCCAGCCAAGAAGAAGGAAAUUUGGACAACUGAACUUUUCUUUUGUACAUUAAAGGCUCCUCAAAACAUA